GGAAAGAGUCGCAGUGUCCUGUCAGCUAAAACCCAAAAGAGAAGAAGGCGAAGAGCAUAGAGGCAGCAGAUCACAGUGCACUGAGCCCCGAGUGAGCUUUCGAUUCCUCAUCCUUUGUUCCGGUUGAUAGGGACCAUUGGCGAUGUUUGGUUCGCAUUCUGCUGUGUCGGUUUAGGGGCAUUGUCGUUGGCAGAUAUAUCAGCUGAGGCAGUUGGCUUUUGUUGAGUUUCAUGUUCGCAGAAGAUGGCGAAUUUACAGAUGACUGGUAUACUGGAAAAGAUGACAGGCAAGGACAAAGAUUACAGAUACAUGGCAACUUCUGAUUUGUUGAAUGAGUUGAACAGGGAGGGAUUUAAAGCUGAUGCAGGUCUGGAGAUCAAAUUGUCAAACAUUGUUCUCCAGCAGCUCGAUGAUGCAGCUGGCGAUGUUUCGGGAUUGGCUGUCAAAUGUCUUGGUCCACUGGUGAAGAAGGUCAGCGAGGCACGUGUGGCGGAGAUGACCGAUAGACUUUGUGAUAAAUUGUUAAAUGGAAAGGAUCAGCACAGGGACAUUGCAAGCAUAGCUUUGAGGACUAUAAUCUCUGAAAUAUCUUCUAUACCUCUUGCACAAUCUGUCCUGGUCUCCCUCACCCCACAGCUGAUAAAGGGAAUUAUUGGGCAGGGUAUGAGCACAGAGAUAAAAUGCGAAAGCCUUGACAUUUUGUGCGAUGUCCUGCACAAAUUUGCCAGUUUAACUGCAAAAGAUCAUGAGCAUCUCCUGAGUGCGCUGUUGUCCCAAUUGAAUUCUCCUCAAGCCAGUGUCAGAAAGAAGACUGUUUCAUGCAUAGCAUCUCUUGCAUCAAGCUUAUCUGACGAUCUAUUAGCAAGGGUAACUGUUGAAGUUGUACAAAACCUGCGGAACAAGAGUAUGAAGCCUGAAAUGACGAGGACAAAUAUCCAAAUGGUCGGUGCUCUUAGCCGUGCUGUUGGAUAUCGUUUCGGGCCCCAUCUAGGAGACACUGUUCCACUGUUAAUUGGUUACUGUACCAGUGCCUCCGAAAAUGAUGAAGAGCUCCGUGAGUAUAGCUUGCAGGCAUUGGAAAGUUUCUUGCUGAGGUGCCCUCGAGAUAUUUCUUCAUAUUGUGAUGAAAUUCUUAAUCUCACCCUUGAAUAUCUAAGUUACGAUCCAAACUUCACUGAUACAAUGGAGGAAGAUAGUGAUGAUGAAAAUUAUGAGGAAGAGGAGGAUGAGGAAAGUGCUGAUGAAUAUACAGAUGAUGAGGAUGCCAGCUGGAAAGUUAGAAGAGCUGCAGCUAAAUGCUUGGCAGCUUUAAUUGUUUCCCGUCCUGAGAUGCUCUCCAAGCUCUAUGUGGAGGCCUGUCCGAAGUUGAUUGAUAGGUUUAAAGAAAGGGAAGAAAAUGUGAAAAUGGAUGUGUUCAAUACAUUUAUUGAGUUACUUCGUCAGACCGGAAAUGUGACAAAAGGGCAGAUUGAUGUAAAUGAACUAAGUCCAAGAUGGUUGUUGAAGCAGGAAGUACCCAAGAUUGUUAGAUCUAUAAAUAGGCAGCUGCGUGAAAAAUCGAUCAAGACAAAGGUUGGUGCAUUCACUGUCCUGAAAGAACUUGUAGGUGUCUUACCAGAUUGCCUUGCUGAUCAUAUUGGAGCACUUAUUCCUGGCAUUGAAAAAGCUUUAAGUGAUAAAUCGGCUACAUCGAAUUUGAAGAUUGAAGCUUUGAUAUUUACGAGAUUAGUAUUAGCUUCACAUUCACCCUCUGUGUUUCACCCAUACAUCAAGGCUCUUUCUAGUCCUGUUUUAUCUGCUGUUGGUGAGAGAUACUACAAAGUGACGGCCGAGGCACUGCGUGUUUGUGGAGAACUUGUCCGGGUUGUACGUCCCAAUAUUGAGGUUUACGGUUUUGAUUUCAAGCCCUAUGUUCGUCCAAUAUACAAUGCCAUCAUGUCACGUCUGACAAACCAGGAUCAGGAUCAGGAAGUCAAGGAGUGUGCAAUUUCUUGCAUGGGACUUGUGAUAUCAACUUUCGGUGAUAACCUUAGAGAGGAACUGCCUGCGUGCCUUCCCGUUCUCGUGGAUCGGAUGGGAAAUGAGAUAACACGACUUACAGCUGUCAAGGCAUUUGCUGUAAUUGCCACUUCACCUCUGAAGGUUGAUCUAUCAUGUGUUUUGGAACAUGUUAUUGUGGAGCUGACUGCAUUUCUCCGGAAGGCAAAUAGGGCACUAAGACAGGCGACAUUGGGGACACUAAACUCCUUGAUAGUUGCUUACGGUGAUAAAAUUGGUUCAUCCACUUACGAAACUAUCAUUGUGGAACUUUCAUCUUUGAUAAGUGAUUUGGACUUGCAUAUGACUGCUCUUGCCUUGGAACUAUGCUGCACUCUGAUGGCUGACAAAAGGUCAAGCAAAAAUAUUGGCAUGGCUGUUACAAAUAAAGUUCUUCCUCAGGCUCUGACAUUAGUCAAAAGUUCAUUGUUACAGGGGCAAGCCCUCCUGGCGCUGCAAAACUUUUUCGCUACACUAGUAUAUUCUUCAAAUACCAGUUUUGAUGCUUUACUGGAAUCUCUGCUUUCAAGUGUUAAGUCUUCAGCAUCAAGUGGUAUAGUGAAACAGGCAUUGUAUUCCAUUGCCCAAUGUGUGGCUGUCCUUUGCCUUGCUGCUGGUGAUCAGAAAUGUUCAUCUACUGUCAAAAUGCUCACAGAAAUUCUGAAAGAUGGCAACAACAGCAUUUCGGCCAAGCAGCACCUUGCUUUGAUUUGCUUGGGGGAGAUCGGAAGAAGGAAGGAUCUGAGCUCGCACACACAGAUAGAGAGUAUAGUCAUAGAGUCUUUCCAAUCUCCUUUUGAAGAAAUAAAGUCUGCUGCUUCUUAUGCUCUCGGGAAUAUAGCUGUGGGCAAUCUAUCAAAGUACUUGCCCUUCAUCUUGGAUCAAAUCGAUAAUCAGCAGAAGAAGCAGUAUCUGCUGCUUCAUUCUUUGAAGGAGGUCAUCGUGAGGCAAUCUGUUGAUAAGGCAGAGUUUGACGAUGCUAGCGUCGAAAAGAUACUUAAAUUGCUGUUCAACCACUGCGAAAGUGAGGAAGAGGGAGUUCGAAAUGUUGUCGCUGAAUGUCUGGGAAAAAUUGCGCUUAUAGAACCCGUGAAACUUGUUCCUGCUCUCAAGGUGCGAACAAAUAGUCCUGCUGGAUUCACCAGAGCCACUGUUGUCACUGCAGUGAAGUAUGCUAUGGUAGAGCGGCCAGAAAAAAUAGAUGAGAUCGUAUAUCCUGAGAUCUCAUCCUUCCUGAUGCUUAUUAAGGACCAAGACAGGCAUGUUAGGCGGGCGGCUGUUUUGGCCUUAAGUACAGCUGGUCAUAACAAGCCCAACCUUAUUAAAGGGCUACUUCCUGAACUGUUGCCACUUCUUUAUGAUCAGACAAUUGUUAAACAAGAAUUGAUCAGAACUGUCGAUCUUGGCCCUUUCAAGCAUGUCGUGGAUGAUGGCCUCGAGUUGCGAAAAGCAGCUUUUGAAUGUGUAGAUACAUUGCUGGACACUUGUCUUGAUCAAGUCAAUCCAUCAUCUUUCAUUGUUCCUUACCUUAGAUCUGGUUUAGAUGAUCACUAUGACGUGAAGAUGCCUUGUCAUCUCAUUCUGUCGAAACUUGCAGAUAAAUGUCCUGCUGCAGUUUUGGCAGUCUUGGAUUCUUUGGUGGAUCCUCUCCAGAAGACUAUCAACUUUAAGCCAAAGCAAGAUGCUGUCAAGCAAGAAGUAGAUCGUAAUGAGGACAUGAUAAGGAGCGCCCUUCGAGCUAUUGCAUCCUUGAAUCGGAUAAGCGGAGGAGAUUGCAGUAUAAAGUUCAAGAACCUAAUGGCUGAAAUACUGAAGAACCCGGGAUUGUCCUCUACAUACCAGUCGAUACGCAACGAGUAAUCAGCUUGUUCUGAUCCGUGCCAUUGAAGCGUAUUUAUUUUGAAGCUCUCCUGUCGCAGAGAAAGAAAGGGGAAGGUGGAAGAGAAGCAAAUACUCGUAUGGAGUUACGAGUCUGCAGAUUCGAUUUCUUUGAAGAGAGAUUAGGGAAAUGCUGUAUUACCUGUUUUUGCCCCGUAACACAUACGAGGAGCAGAAAGCUUUAAACAUUGGAGGAAGUGAGUGACUCGAAGAUGUUCAUGUACCGGAAAUCAGUCGUGCGAAAGUUUGGUUUUUUCAUAUGGAUUAGUAGUUGUACAGUUUGGUGGAUGUCGAAGUUCAACACAUACUGAUGGGUCCUUGGCGGGAAGGGAUGUUUCCAUUUCGGUUGCCUGAGACCAUUCUUUUGAAUCAAAUGGCAGAGACAUGCUAUGGAAGGAUUUUGAUCCACAUAUACAUGAAUCUUUUGUCUACGGUUUCGGAA